AUGGCCGUCCCCCCCGUAGCCCUCCCAGGCCAGCUGCUCGGCAGCGCAGACAAAUACCUCCCAGGCCCAGGCACGCACAUGCACGACUCACAGAUCUACGCCUCGAUAGCCGGGCCCGUCAUCACAUCCGCAACCCCCAAAACCACACAAACCAAGCCCUCGCCGCUCCUCUCGAUACAACGCCCCUCCACCUCCACCGACCCAGGCAUCCUGGGCACCGGCUCAGGCGGCGGCGGCACCAUCCUGCCCGAAGUCAACUCCAUCGUGCUCGCCCUCAUCACGCGCCUGGGGCCCCGCUUCGCCACGUGCGAAAUCCUCGUCAUCGACAACGUCGUCUGCCGCGAGUCGUUCCAGGGCCAGAUCCGGCGCGAGGACAUACGCGCCACGGAGAAGGACAAGAUCAAGAUGGAGGAGAGCUUCCGCGUCGGUGAUUUGAUCAGGGGCACUGUCAUUAGUCUGGGCGAUCAGAGCAACUACUACGUCAGCACGAGCGAGAACGAAUUUGGUGUUGUCAUGGCAAGGAGCGAGGAGGGGCGCCUUAUGUAUCCGGUUAGCUGGAAGGAGUUUCGGGAUCCUGUCACCGGGAGGGGGGAGAGUAGGAAGGCUGCUAAGCCGUUUUGA